AGGCUAGCGAAUCCAACCCCACCCUCCCUCCCCUGUUACGCCAGGAGCCAAACGCCCAAACCCCUUAGCUAGCCACUACCCCGCUCCAGAAGCUCCUCCCUCCCUCCCCUAGAUCUCCCAUUCCCCUCCCGGCCGCGCCGCCGAUCCGGCGAUGGCGUCCAAGGCGAAGCUCGGCGAGCUAAUGUGGGAGCACCGGGUCCAGGGCGCGGCCCUGGUGGCGCUCGUGGCCGCGACCGCCGUCUCGAUCUCCGCGCUCGGGCCGAGGCUCGGCGCCGUGCUGUCCUUCUUCUGGCCGCUGCUCGUCUCCACGGGGUUCUUCCUCGUGGCCGUCGCCGUGCUGCUCCGGAUCUCGCCCCCGCCCGCGGGCGCCGACGAGUCCGGCAAGGAGCUCAUCGACUUCGUCGCCGGGUGCCGCCCGGAGCACCUCGUCCCGGACGCCGCGGCCGUGGCCGCAGUGGAGGCGCCGCCGGAGCCGGAGAUCUAACGCCCGGCCUGCCGGAGGAGGAGGAGGCUGGCCUGGCUGGCACCAUUCGAGCUUGCGGUGCGCGGCGUGCUCCGUCGCCGGAGCGACUCCAGCAGUGGCACUGUGGGGGCAACCCGUACGGCCCCACCUGUAAGUGCCGGGUGGCAGUGGGCUGCCCCGGCCGGCGCGCGGCCGUGGCUCGGGACUCGGUAGCGUAGGACUUCUCCAUGUCUCCCUGUGCUGGUCCGGUGUAACAUACCGUGGAAUUCAAUAAUGAAGUCAUGGCAUAGAAAAUAAAAACCGCCCUCGCCGGAGCGA